AUGAGAUUAGAUAAUGAUAAAUUACCUUUUGAGACAUCAAAUGAUUUUAAAUUAGCGGAACCUGAUCGAGAUUUAGUAAAUAAAAUUAACUGCUAUUUGAGUUUAGAUGCUGUCAAAGAAAGUAUUACUGCCUUGAUGAGGCAAUACCAAGAAAACUCAUAUGAGAUUGGUUUGAUGAGAAACGCAGAGCAUUCAAUAGAGUUAAAAAACAAUGAAAUUGUGAUGAAGAAGCCUUAUCCUAUACCAGCUCUGCUGUGGGAAAAGGUUAAGGAAGAAUUUCAGAGGUUAUUAAUUAAAAAUAUUAUUAGAAAUCAAACUCGCCAUUUGCAAGUCCUGCAUUUCCACUACAUAAAAAAAUGGUGA